UUAAAUUACAUCACUUUAUUCAUAUUUAUUCAUAGGAGUCAAGGGAGGAAAUGAAACAUAUUAUUGGGCAAAUAUCUAAAUUGAAAUAUCAACUACAAACUGACAAGGCGCUGGAACAAUUCGAUGGAAAAGAGCACGACAAAGAAGACUGGAAUCAGUUUAUAGAAAAUUUAGGCGAUGAAAAAAACAGCUUUUUCAAAACGUGUUGGCUCUACGCUGAAUGCUAUAUAUAUCGCCGGUUGUCAUCUUUUUUCGAAAACUCUCUAUCGUUAAGCGAAUUUGACUAUUUUGCAAAACAAAAGAGGAAUGCCCUUGUUAAAUCUAUUGAAUGCAUCGAAGAAAUAUUGAAUGUUGUUCAAGGAAUUGACUGUACUACUAGCGAUUCUUUUAAGUUAAUGCUAAAGCUUAAUUUGUGGGGAAAUCGCUGCGACUUGUCUAUAACGUCCGGUAAAGAGGUUCAACUUGAAGGCAACCCCUUUGAUUUAGUGCGCAGCUUUGACCAUAAAAUUAUCAUUGAUGAUUCGAGCUUUAUUAUUGAAUGCCUAAAGUCUGAAAAUUCAAUUAAACCAGCUAUUGUGGAAUUCAUUUGUGAUAAUGCCGGUUACGAGCUUUUUACGGAUUUCGUACUUGCCGACUAUUUAAUCAAAUCUGAAAUGGCUGAUAAAGUUCGUUUUAAUUUAAAAGCCAUUCCUUGGUUUAUUUCUGACGCCACAAUUAACGAUUUCAAUUGGACUCUACAAUUUCUACAAAACCACAGUGUACCUAUUUUAAAAGAAUAUGGAAUGAGAUGGCAAAGAUUCCUGAAUGAAAGUAAAUUUGAAAUAGCACCAUUAGAUUAUUUUUGGACAAGUCCAUAUGAAUACUAUCGAAUGCGCGAUGUCAAUCCAAAUUUAUACGCCAGACUUUCAGAAGCCAAUCUUAUAAUAUUCAAAGGAGAUCUCAACUACCGCAAGCUAAUAGGAGAUUUCUCCUGGGACUUCACCGAGUCAUUUACAACAUGUCUUAGAGACUUUCGGCCAACGAACAUUUGCAGCUUACGUACUGUCAAAGCAGAUUUGAUAUGCGGUCUCGCCGAAGGUCAAGCUGAUAUGCUAAAAAAUAAGAGCAAAGAUUGGAUGAUAACAGGUGACUACGGAACUAUUCAAUUCGCGGAAAAAUGUGGUUGUUUAUGUAGCAAGAACUAAUUAAUUUGAAGAAAAAUUACCUUUUAUAUCUAUCUCAAAAAAGAAGUAAUUAAUUUGAAGAAAAAUGUCCUUUUAUAUCUUUCAUAUAUAGCAUACCGUAUGUAUUCGUUACUGAGUAACAAGUUCAACUCCUAACUCGGAAGUACCGAAUCGUCACUCCCGUAAUAAUCUCGUUAUUCGCACUUUCCGUAUAUGCACCAUUAACGUGAAUCAAUACAACCCAACAUAUAUACAUAUUGUGCGGAAACGAAACUGUUAUUGGUAUCGAUACAAAGUCUAGUUUCAGACAGAGAAACUUUUGCCGCGGCAACUCGUUACUUGUUUGAGAGGGAGUGGCGAAGAAGGGGAAAGAGCACCGAGUUGCUCCUUGCUGUUCUCGAUCGUCUGAGUAAUUCUAGUUGGCCGUUUACAGCUGACAACAGUUGUGUACAAAAGAACUGCUCUGUGCGAACGCGAAGGGCGACACCAAAAAAGAAAUUGCCGAAAAUGAUCAACAAAAGUUUCUCUGUGUGAACCAAGUCUAUAAGAACGAAUAUUUACUUACGCUGCAAGAUUCGUUGCGACGAUUCGUGUGAUGUACAAGUGCUUUUAUCAAAAGUAACGAUACGAAAGAUACGGGUGUUGGUUGGAUUAGUAACGAAUACAUGUGGAUAUCAAAAUUUUCGUUACUUUUACAGCUCUAAUAAAUAAUAAAAACGAAGCUGGCAACUGAGUUGUUACGUUGGCAACGUCAUUUUAUGGUUGCCGGGGAAAUUUUGA